GCGGGACGCGCGGGAGGGCGGACGGGGCGGGGACAUGGCCGCGGCGCCCGGAGGGUCUGCGCCGCCCGCCGGCCCCGGCCCGCGCCUGGCGUUCAGCACCGCGGACAGCGGCGUCGGCAUGAGCGGGCUGAACCCAGGUCCCGCGGUGCCCAUGAAGGACCACGACGCCAUCAAGCUCUUCGUGGGGCAGAUCCCUCGGGGCUUGGACGAGCAGGACCUCAAGCCGCUGUUCGAGGAGUUCGGCCGCAUCUACGAGCUGACGGUGCUGAAGGACCGGCUCACCGGCCUCCACAAAGGCUGUGCCUUCCUCACCUACUGCGCCCGGGACUCCGCUCUCAAGGCCCAGAGUGCACUGCAUGAGCAGAAGACCCUGCCAGGGAUGAAUCGUCCGAUCCAAGUGAAGCCGGCUGCCAGUGAGGGCCGAGGAGAGGACCGGAAGCUGUUUGUGGGGAUGCUGGGCAAGCAGCAGGGGGAGGAGGAUGUCAGACGUCUGUUCCAGCCUUUCGGCCACAUCGAGGAGUGCACGGUCCUGCGGAGCCCCGACGGCACCAGCAAAGGCUGUGCCUUUGUGAAAUUCGGGAGUCAAGGGGAAGCUCAAGCCGCCAUACAGGGACUGCACGGUAGCCGGACAAUGACGGGCGCCUCCUCCAGCUUGGUGGUGAAGCUGGCGGACACCGACCGGGAGCGCGCGCUGCGGCGGAUGCAGCAGAUGGCUGGCCAGCUGGGCACCUUCCCCCCGGUACCGCUGCCCCUCGGGGCCUGUGGCGCCUACACCACCGCGAUCCUGCAGCACCAGGCGGCCCUGCUGGCAGCCGCGCAGGGCCCCGGGCUGGGCCAGGUGGCCGCCGUGGCCGCCCAGAUGCAGCACGUGGCUGCCUUCAGCUUGGUGGCCGCCCCGCUAUUGCCUGCGGGGGCAGCCAACGCGUCGCCUGGCGGAGGCGGCCCUGGGGCCCUCCCUGGCCUCCCGGCACCCGUGGGGGUCAAUGGAUUCGGCUCCUUGAACCCCCAGACCAAUGGACAGCCAGGUUCUGACACGCUCUAUAACAACGGGCUUUCCCCUUACCCAGCCCAGAGCCCCGGCGUGGCUGACCCCCUGCAGCAGGCCUACGCUGGGAUACACCACUACGCAGCAGCCUAUCCCUCGGCCUAUGCCCCAGUGAGCACAGCUUUUCCCCAGCAGCCUUCAGCUCUGCCUCAGCAACAGCGAGAAGGUGAGGGACUGGGGUUUAGAGAUGAGGGGUGUGGGGCGGGUACCCUCAGGGUCCCUCCCCUGAACAAGCCUGCUACUGUCCCUGCAGGCCCCGAAGGCUGUAACCUCUUCAUCUAUCACCUGCCUCAGGAGUUUGGGGACGCAGAACUCAUACAGACAUUCCUGCCCUUUGGAGCUGUUGUCUCUGCCAAAGUCUUUGUGGAUCGUGCCACCAACCAGAGCAAGUGUUUUGGGUUUGUUAGUUUUGACAAUCCAACCAGUGCCCAGACUGCCAUCCAGGCCAUGAAUGGCUUUCAAAUCGGCAUGAAGAGGCUCAAGGUCCAGCUGAAACGACCUAAGGAUGCCAACAGGCCUUACUGAUCUGCGCUCCCUGACCAAUCACAGACAGAAACUGAAGAGUGAGAAGAAAGAAAAGAGAGAAGCACAGAAAUGCUGGAGUGGCCGUUCCAGAAGGAGUGGCAGCAGGCGGAGGUGGAUCGGACCCAGGGCUGGCGCUUGGGGCUCAGGCCACUCAUCAUGUGGGUUGUUCUACGGAGCACUCAGGCUGGCAGGGUGACCAGUGCUGCCUGAGGGUCGACUGACCUAAGGGAACCAGCAGAGGGCCUUGGGGGUGCCAAGGGCUUCUCAGCAAGGGAAGCCCAGACUUACUUCAUUCAAAAUCAUAUCAUUCCGUAGUAUUUAGGGACCAAAGGACUAUUGCUUUUUUAAGAAUAUAUAUAUAUAUCUAUAAAUUAAAACAAAGAAAAAAAAACAGAAGAGAGACAAAAAAGACAGUAUAGAGUCUCAUAAAAGCUGCCUUUAAGUAUCACUAGGAGACAGGGUGAAGGAGACCCUUGCUAGCCCCAGCCUAGGCCAAGGAGGCUGUGGAGAGAUUGUCCUGUGUCUCAUUCCUUCUUAAGCUACUCCCUUAUCCUGCCCUUUGAAAAAGCGAUAAAGGAUAUGAAGUCUAGGCUCAUCUUCAAGCCACAAGAGGGUAAUGGAAAUGUGAGCCCACAAUCCCCAAACUCAGACAGUAUCCCUGAGAGGCCUCAGGAGGCACUGGGGCCUGUUCUGGCCUCUGCUCUCCUGGGCAGGCCCCAGCUUCAAAACUGGGAACCUGCCUUUGCUUCUUGACACCGUUUCCUGUGGAGCCUCAGCCUCCCCAGGCAGGAAGAAAGAGGGAGCCUUUUCCUUCCCAGUCCAGGUAGACUGCGACCUCACCCUGGGCUGAGCUGAGGAACCUCCUGUUUCCCCUCCCCUUGCGACUGCCCCAGUGUCCCUUGCUCCAGGCCACCUUCUGUCUCUUAGUCUAAGUUUGCUCACCUGUAAAGUAGACUCAAGGUAAACGUAGAGGGCUGUGGCGACAGACGUGGAAGGCUUGCUGCUGUAAAUACUGCCAUUGAGAAGGGGAUAAUUUUCACUGCGUAGAAGCUUCAGAAUUAGUGGUCCCUCUCUACCCAGGACCUGGGAGGGAAGUAGAUGUUUUGCCAAAAUACUAAUUCAUUCCUUUAAAAAGUACAUCUUUCCUAUGCAAGUGUGUCUCAGUGUGCUUACCCACGGUGCUUUUAGGUGGCGAGCAGUGUUCAGCUUAGACGUGGUGUGUGCUCUGUCUGUCUGUCCUUGUCUGUCUGUUGUGUACAGUGGUACCAUAUAAAGCUGAUCAACGUGGUGCUUCCUUGCCUGCUUCUGGGAGAUGGGCAAACGACUCAGCACAGAGCAUCUGCUUCACCUUGCUUCUCUCAGCCUCUCCUGGACUGCGGGACCUUGAGCACAUUUUUUUCUGGGGGAACAACUUACAUUCCCAUUUUUUUUUUAUUAAUUACACUUUAUUCACUUUGUAUCCCCCCAUAAACCCCACCCUCCUCCCCUCCCAAUCCCACCCUCCCUCCCCCUUCUUCACACAUGCCCCUCCCAAAGUCCACUGAUAGGGGAGGUCCCCCUCUCCUUCCUUCUGAUCUUAGUCUAUCAAAUCUCAUCAGGAGUGGCUGCAUUGUCUUCUUCUGUGGCCUGGUAAGGCUGCUCCCUGCUCAGGGGAAGGUGAUCAAAGAGCAGGCCAAUUAGUUCAUGUCAGAGACAGUCCCUGUUCCUAUUACUAUGUAACCCACUUGGACACUGAGCUGCCAUGGGCUACAUCUGUGCAGGGGUUCUAGGUUAUCUCCAUGCAUGGUCCUACAUUCCCAUUCUUAAGUCAUGGAUUUACCUGAGUUGAGGUCCCACAGAGUUGGUGGGGGUACUGUGGUUCAUUGCUGGAGGCCUGUCAUCUGCUAUCACCAGGACAAUGAAGGAUAUGGGUGGGAAAGAAGACAAUUCCUUCCAGGCCCUUUCUUUGAAAAUGUGUUUCCACCUGUUCCUCUGCCUUUGACCGGUUUUUGGAAGUAAUGAGAAUGAACACUAGAUUCCUCAGUAACAUUCCCGGAUAAGGUGUGGUUUAUAUCCACAAACAAUCGCCAGCUGGGAAAGAAACUGAUGCUGAGACACACGAGGGCCAGCACAGUGCCAACCACAGAUGGAGUGCCUCGGGUACACGUGGAGAGACACACAAGGACUGUGGUCAGUUCCUCAGAACCCACGUUAAAACAAACGAAAACAAACAAACCAGGCAUACACUUGUAAUCUCAGCACUGGGACAACAGAGACUAGUGGAUCUCUGAGUCUCACUAGCCAGCCAUUUCAGCCCGAUGGAGUUUGAGGACAGUGAGAAACCCUAUCUCAAAAAAGCCAGGUGAUGGCACCUGAUGAAUGACAGCUGAAGUUGUACUCUGGCCUCUGCAUGUAUGUGCACACACACACUGGCACAAACAGAAACAAACCUCAGAUAGUCACCAAAAAGCAUACAAUUCUCUCAGUGCUAGGUGGUAGGCGUUGUUCUAGGGCUCAGGCAGGUACCAGGUACCAGGAGCUAAGGGAAAGUACAGAUUAUGAAAGCACAUGCAGCAUAUGUCUGUACCAGCAGGGAACAACUAACUGAAGCUCUAAUGUUGGGAGAGGUCCGUGAAAGUCCUCCUUAGGACUAAGGUGAACAGCCGUCAAGAAUGAACUGACAUAGCUGAAGUCUUUGAGCAGCUGCAUCAUUUUGAAAAGGCAUUUAUGACUAAGAAAUAAUAAUCACAUAU